AUGCCAGCCUCUGCGUCAACUACUAAAAGGGCGACAGGAGUUGGGUCAUCCUUGAAGGUACUGAAUACUAAAUUGAAGCAGAUUCAAACUGGUGUUAGCCACAUUUGGCGAUUUGUGGAGGACUUCAAGGAAGAUUCAGUGACUACUGCGAUUGAAGUUCGGUUGGAAGAACUGGAAAGCUUGUGGGAGCGAUACAACGACACCAUUAUCGAGAUACAAUCACAUGAUGACUACAAGGCAGAGGAGGAUUUCAGCGAGAGGGAUGGCGCUGAGUUUAAUGAUCGCUAUUACUUCGCGAAAACUUUCUUGGUGGAACGAAUAAAGGAAAGGCAGGAACCAACGGACUUAAAUCAGACAGUUAGAGGAAAUGAAACCAUGAAUCAAUCAACGUUAGAUCAUGUGCGCUUACCCCAAAUAAAAUUGCAGACAUUUGAUGGUAAUAUCGACGAAUGGCUGAGUUUCAGAGACUUGUACACAUCUUUAAUACACUGGAAGACCGAUCUCCCUGAAGUGGAAAAAUUCCACUAUUUAAAAGGCUGCCUCCAGGGAGAACCAAAGGCAUUGAUUGAUCCAUUGAAGAUUACCAGGGGAAAUUACCAGAUUGCGUGGGAUUUGCUGUGUAAACGAUAUAACAAUAAUAAACUGCUACGUAAACGUCAGGUUCAAGCUCUUUUUCAGCUUCCAACUCUCACGAAGGAGUCCGUUACCGAUCUGCACAAUCUCUUAGAAGGUUUUGAGAGAAUUGUGCAGACUCUGGACCAGAUCGUUCAGCCAGGGGAUUAUAAGGAUCUCCUGUUGGUCCACAUUCUCUCCUCACGUCUCGAUCCUACGACACGUAGAGGAUGGGAAGAAAGCUCAGCAACCAAGGAUCAAGAUUCGGUCAAUGAUAUGACGGAGUUCCUUCAACGACGUGUUCGUAUUUUGGAGUCUUUGCCAAGUAAACCCAUAGAGCCAAGAACUACGCAGUUUACACCUUUCACUAGACAGAAGCAAUAUCCAAGGGGAAGUUUCACCUCGGUUCAAACACCAGUCAGAUUGUGCGUCGUGUGUUCGUCAGACCAUCUCCUAUUCCAGUGCCCUGUGUUUCAGAAAUUAUCCGUGUCGGAAAGAGAAAAGAUGGUACGAAUUAAUAUGUUGUGUCGGAAUUGUUUCAACAAGGGUCACAGAGCGUCAGAAUGUAGAUCCAAGUUCUCUUGUCGUCAUUGUAAAGGACGACACCACAGUUUGGUUUGCUUCAACGCAGAUAAGGUCGGAACGGUGCAUACCAACUCACAACACCAAGGAGAAUCAUCGGAGCCCAAGGAAAUCCAUCAAUCAUUAGCCAAUCCAGUGUUAAACGUAGCCGCUGAUGAUGUGCAAGCCUGCAACUCAGCUCAGCAUCACUCUUCUCAGAUUCUGUUGGCAACUGCAAUUGUCGUUAUCGAAGAUGAUUUCGGCAAUCAAUACUCGGCACGUGCGCUUUUGGAUUCUGGGUCAGAAAGUAACCUUUUGACAGAGCGGUUAAGUCAAAAAUUAAGAGUUUCGAGGGAAAGGGUGGACAUAUCAGUUAUUGGAGUUGGUCACGCAAUCACAAAGGUAAAACAACGUGUUCAAGCCACUGUUCGAUCUCGGGAUUCUGGGUUUACUCGCUCGAUGCAGUUCUUAGUUUUGCCAAGGGUGACAGUUAAUUUGCCAACAACCUCAAUCAAUGCUGUUUUAUGGAAAAUUCCAGAAGGAAUUCAUUUGGCGGAUCCUUCCUUUUACGUGUCUGGAGAAGUAGACAUAGUUUUGGGUAUCGAAUCCUUCUUUGACUUCUUCGAUAGUGGGAAAAGGAUCGCACUGGGCGAUCAUCUACCAAUGCUAAAUCACUCGGUCUUUGGAUGGGUCGUUUGUGGAGGGAUUUCUAAGCCUAUACAGUCCACUCAGGUUCUCUAUAAUACUCACACGUCGGAAGAAUCCCUAGAAAACUUGAUGGCUCGAUUUUGGUCCUGUGAGGAGAUCGAGUCAGCCCAUUCGUACUCUCCAGAAGAAGCUAAAUGUGAGGAGUUAUUCACGCAGAAGGUUCACCGCGGUUCUGAUGGUCGUUAUUCAGUUUCGCUACCGAAAAAUGAAGACGUUUUGGCGCAUUUGGGCGAGUCUAAGGAGAUCGCAAUGCGACGUUUUCUAGCAACGGAGAGAAGAUUAUCGAGAGAUGAAGGUUUGAGGUUACAAUACGUUGCAUUCAUGGAUGAAUACCUCAAUUUAGGCCACAUGAAACAGAUUGAUGAGUCAGAUUUGAAUUUGUGUCAGAUAUCCGAAGUCAAAGAGUCAGUUUGUGAUGAGAAUGUAAACCCUGGAUUGAGAUCACGAUUCACUGCAGCAAAACCGUCAGAAUUUGAACCAGAAUGUUCGAAAAGGUCAGUUUCUAAGUCAGAUUGUGUAAGAAAUUCAGUUUUGAGUCAGAAGUCGGUAAAACGAUGUUUUUUGCCCCAUCACCCGGUAGUUAAGGAAGCCAGUACGACAACUAAGGUCCGAGUAGUAUUCGAUGCAUCAUGUAAAACAUCCUCAGGGGUAUCAUUGAAUGAUGCCUUGUAUGCAGGACCGGUCGUACAAGAAGAUCUGCGGUCAAUUAUUCUCCGUUGUCGUACCAAACACAUCAUGGUGGUUGCUGACGUUGAGAAGAUGUUCCGCCAAAUAAAAAUUGAUUCGAACGACAGUCCUCUCCAAUCUAUUCUUUGGAGAUCAUCUCCAAGUGAAGUUAUUCGGACCUAUGAACUCUGCACAAUUACUUAUGGAACCAAACCUGUACCGUUUCUAGCUACAAGAACUUUGCAAAAGUUAGCCUCUGAUGAAGGCCAAAAGUUCCCUAUGGCAUCGCAGGCCAUUCUUCAGGAUACGUAUGUAUAUGGAUGA